UUACAGUGCGCUCAAGUUAAAAUCAGUAGUUUUUAAAGCUACUCUGGUUCGUCCUGUUUUGACAUGACUGCGCAUGCGCCUCCUGUCAAGCGGCGUCAACGUUUCCACGGCGACCCCCAGCGAAGUUGACGCUUGCUCUGACUUUCUCGGCGCCGAUUUCUCUGCCGAAGUUCCUUCUAAAAGUGAAGAUGGACGGAACUCAGCAGGUCAGCGUGCAGGUGGCUGCUUCCUUCAAAGCCUUCCUCAUGAAGAGUAGCAGCAAAACCAACCUCAAUUUGUACGACCACCUUUCCCGCCUGCUGAUGCGCGUAAUCGAGGAGCGUCCUCACGACGCGGUGGACGUAAUGGAGGACCUGAGUCACGACGUCAAACUGCGUCUGUACGAGGACACGCAGAGCAGCCUGCAGGACCUGCAGCCCACCACCGCCGCUGAGGAGCUGGCCGAGCAGCAGAAGGUCUUGUUCGUCCGGCCUGAGGACGCCCCUGAGCAUGAGUUUGAAUUGGAGUCGGCGCUUCCCAACGUGAGCGAGAUCGCCUACUUCCUGGAGCAGGCGGGCGUGGGGCUGGGCCGCGAGGAGACGCAGCGGGUCUUCCUGGCGCUCAAGCAGCUGGUGUCCUCCUACACCAUGCAGCGCUGCCGCCUGUGGGGCAAGAUCCUGGGCACCGACCGCAGCUAUAUCAUCGCCGAGGCCGAGUUCGCCGAGGGCGAAGAGGAGGACGACGAGGCAGCCGAGGAGGCGGCCGACGACGAGGCCAGGGACGUCGACGCCAACGAAAACGGCGAAAGCGAGAUGGACCCGCUGCCCCAGUCGACAUACAAACCACCCCCUGUGGUCCCUAAGGAGGCCAAAGGAACAGGCGCCAACAAGUUUGUGUACUUCGUGUGCAACGAGCCGGGUCUGCCGUGGUCCAAGCUGCCUUCGGUGACGCCGGCGCAGAUCACUGUGGCGCGGCAGAUCCGCAAGUUCUUCACGGGGCGGCUGGACGCCCCCAUCGUCAGCUACCCGCCCUUCCCGGGCAACGAGGCCAACUACCUGCGGGCGCAGAUCGCUCGCAUCUCGGCCGGCACGCAGAUCAGCCCGCAGGGCUUCUACCAGGCCAUCGAAGAGGAGGGCGCCGAGGAGGAGGGCUCAGAGGAGGACGGUAUCGAGGAGAACCCCGAGUUCGAGGGCGUCCCUGUCGGAGAGUUGGUCGACUCCCUCUCCUCGUGGGUGCACCACACCCAGCACAUUCUGCAUCAGGGCCGCUGCACGUGGGUCAACCUGGCAGUGAAGACGGAAGACGAGUCCAACGAGGAGGAGGCAGAGGAGGUGGAAGAAGACCCCGACGAGCCCGAGCCCGAAGUGGGUCCGCCGCUGCUGACGCCGCUCUCCCAGGACGCGGAAAUCUUCGAGACGGUCCCGUGGAGCUCCAGCCUCUCGUCCACGCUCACCUCCCAGCACGCCAUCGCCGUCAUGCGUUCCAACUGCUGGCCCGGCGCCUGCGCUUACGCUUACGCCAAGAAAUUUGAGAACAUCUACGUGGGCUGGGGCCUGAAGUACCCGGGCGACGGCUACAGCCCCCUCCUGCCGCCGGCGCCCCAGAACGAGUACCCCAGCGCCCCCGAGAUCACGGAGGACGUGGACCCCACCGUGGAGGAGGAGCAGGCGCUUCAGGACGCGCUGGACGAGAAGCAGGCAGCCGAGGAGGCCGAGGAAGGAGACUCGGACGAGGAGCAGGACGAGGAGGACGACUGAGCCCGUGUCAGUUAUUCUUAGGACAUUCCCGGGUCACUUCCUAUAUUAUUUUUGCUCACUUUCUGUUAAUGUUUGGCAAUUUAAGGAAGCUUGUUUUUGAGAAAAACAAUGGUCAAGUAAUUUUUUUUUCAUGGGUCACUUCCUGCUUUCCUGUUGAUUUUAGGGAAUUUCCAGGACAUUUCCUGUUGAUUGUAAGGCAUUUCCAUAACACUUCCUAUUCAUUUUGAGUCAUUUUUGGUACAUUUUAGGGCAUUUCUGGGUCACAUCCUGUUCAUCGGUCACUUCCUGUUGAUUUUGUGGCAUUCCAGGGUCACUUUCUUUACAUUUUGGACCACUUCCUGUUGAUUUUAGGGAGUUUCCGGAACACUUUCUGUUCAUAGGUAACUUCUUGUUGAUUUUGGGGCGGCUCUGGGUCACUCUCUGUUGAAUUUCUGGUCAUUUUGCUUGUUUUGGAGCAUUUACGUGUCACUUACUGAUGAUUUUGGGCCAUUUCCUGCCAAUUUUGGUAAGUUUUUUUUUUUUUUUUUUGGUCAAAAUGGAGAAACACGUCAACAGUGAGUAAAACAGUAUAAUUG